GACGAGAGGUACGCGAUCCAGGGGGAGAGGUACCAGGGGCAGCAGUACAGCCACAUCUACUUCACGCGUCUCCACUACAUGCGCAACCUCCUCCACGCCCUCGUCCCCUCCCGGAAGCCGCAACUCCCUGGUUUUGAUCUUGGUGACUCCCUGGAGAUUUUGGCUAGUAUAAUUGGUUUGCAAUUGGAGGCGCGGAAUUUAAGGCCCUUCUGAGUCCAGAUUAGAAUUCCCGAAGCUGCUGGCGUAUUGAAUAGCGUCUCUUGAUCGUGGUUCGGUGUUGCUGAAGGGUUUAUGAGCUGCUCUAGCGGUGAUUUGGUCUACAUUUGGUGAUAUAGGAUUUUGACAACUAUCUAAUUUGGGGUCCAUGUUUUUCACAAAGUAUUGAUGUUGGCUGUUAGCCGAGAUCUUUAUUGGUAGGAUGUGAAGUUUCCGUGACAAAUCAAUGGCUCUUGUGCUGCUUUCUUUCUUUUCUGCUUGGUCAGAUAGGUGCUUUGAACUUGAUCUAGUAGCACAAACGAAUUCACUAACAUUAGUCAGUCAGUAACUCAUGAACGCACAAUCUUAAGAAAUGUGAGACUAAAAAAUUGGAUCUGUUGACUAUUUACUAUUUUAUACAUAUACAUAAGAAAGAUGUUUGGUUUUAUAGUUAUAUUUCUUCACGGAAGUGAUUUAUGCAACAGGUGUUUGCUUAUGCAUGGAGAGAGUUUAAGCACACCUUUUUCCUAUGUUGCAGUCACUACAGUGUUAGGACUUGAAGAAGGAAAGGAUUGCAUAGUUGUAGGAACUUUAUAUAAGCACAUGAAGCUGAAGCCUUCCAUUCUCGACGAAUACUCCAAAGAGAGGUCCGCAAUUCCUCUUGUCAAACCGCAUAAUUUCAUGCAUCCUGAUGAUCAUCUCAUUCUGGAAGAUGAAAGCGGAAGAGUUACACUUGCAGGAGCCAUACCUCCAGCAGCAUAUGUGACUGGAGUUGUAGUAGCGCUCCAUGGGAAGGAAACAAGUGCCAGCGACUUUCUUGUUGAAGAUGUUCUUGAGGCUGGGCUUCCUCCUCAAACUGCACUGACUAGCUCAGAUGAAGACAAAUAUGUGGUAUUCAUCUCAGGGUUAAGUGUCGGAAGUGGCACUUUCAAUCCUCUGCAGUUCCAACUUCUUAUUGACCAUAUCACAGGGCAUUUGGGUGAUGAGAAUGAGCAAACCAUAGCAUCAAAUAUAGUACGUGUUGUGGUCGCUGGGAAUUCAGUACAUAUGUCUCCAAGGUUCUUCAAUGGUCAGACAGUGGCAUCAAAAGAUCAAUCCAGGAUAGCUGAACCAAUCAAGGAACUGGAUAUAAUGCUGACCCAGCUUGUGGCAUCGUUGCCUGUAGAUAUGAUGCCAGGAUGUCAUGAUCCGGCCAAUUUUUCUUUGCCUCAGCAGCCUUUGCAUAGAUGCCUUUUCUCUGGGGCAUCCACCUACAAUACUUUUUCGUCAUGUUCAAAUCCCCAUCAAUUUGAGCUUGACAGUGUCCAGUUUAUUGGAACAUCUGGCCAGAACAUAGAUGACCUCUACAAGUACUUUGAUGCCAAGGACAAGCUGGAAUUCAUGGAAAGAACACUGAAAUGGCGCCAUCUUGCUCCGACUGCUCCGAACAGCCUAGGAUGUUAUCCAUACACAGACAAGGAUCCUUUCCUUGUUGAAAGUUGCCCCCACGUCUACUUCAUUGGGAAUCAAGAUAAAUAUGAAACUCGAUUAUUGGAAGGGCAAGAAAAACAAAAAGUGAGGCUAAUCUGCAUUCCGAGAUUCUCUGAUAGUGGAGUUGCUGUGAUGCUCAAUUUGAGGAACCUGGAAUGCAGCACUUUGAGUUUCUCAACAAGCUUUGAUUCCCUGAGUAUGGUCUGAUCGUAUGAAGUCCAAAAGACCUCGGUGUAGCAUGCUACCAAGGGCAGCCUAGUCCUGGACCAGCGCAGGGGUUGAAGCUUUCAUGAGGGAACUAUCGGAACCCAGGGGCUCAUGGAAAGACCUACCUCGAAAGAAUGUAUUUGUACCUGAACGGUUAUUUAUUAGAUGUAUGAUGACCUUAGGUUUUAUCAAUUAGAUCUGUUGAUAUAACUGCCGAAUACAAUUUGUUGUAGCCAAAGCUGAAACUGAGGCUGGACAGUGUGUACCAAUCAAAUAGAAGCUCGUGCUUCUUUCCCAGUCUCCAUCAGCUCAUUCAUUAGAUUCUUUCGUGUCAUCAGUUGUGUUCUUGUGUAGUAUCUGUGAAUGGAAGAGCAGAUGCAGAUCAGAGUAUCAAACAGUGGAGUAACAUAGAUCAGGGGAUCAAAUUAGAGGCGUUCAUCAGGUGUCAGUAGAUCGAGUAAUUAAUAAAAACAAAUG